AUGGCCAGGCCAAUCACGGCCCCCAUCCUCACAUUUCUCCUCUUCUUCUUCCUCCACACCGCAAGCCCAGCUCUCCUGGGAGAAGAGGACGACCGCUCCGUGCUUUUGGUCUUCAAGGCCGGCGUGUCCGGCGACCCCAAUGGAGCGCUCGCCGGCUGGGGCUCGCCGGACGUGUGCAACUGGACCGGUGUUGCUUGCGACACGGAGCGCCAUGUCGUCAAGUUAAUACUAAGUGAACAGAAGCUCUCUGGCAGGGUCGUGCCCGCGCUUGGCAACCUCUCGCACCUCAGGACACUCAACCUCUCCGGCAACCACUUCACCGGCAGCGUCCCACCGGAGCUCGGCAACCUCUCCUACCUCAAGUUUCUCGACAUGUCCUUGAACAUGCUCUCCGGGAUGAUUCCGCCAGAGCUCGGUAACCUCUCCCGCCUAAAGUUUCUCGACGUGUCAUUGAACAUGCUCGCCUGGAUGGUCCCGCCGGAGCUUGGCAACCUAUCACGCCUCAAGUUUCUCGAUUUGUCGUCGAACACGCUCACCGGGGCGGUCCCGCCGGAGCUCGGCAACCUCUCGAGACUCAGCAUCCUCGAUCUCUCCGAGAACGUCUUCUCUGGAGCGGUGCCGCAGGAGCUCGGGAAGCUUUCUCGGCUGACGCAGCUCAGCCUCAGCGGAAACCAAUUGGAGGGAUCGAUUCCGGUGGAGCUCUCGCAUAUUCGGCGCUUGGUAUACCUAAAUCUCGGCGACAACAACCUCUCCGGGCAUAUCCCGUCUGCUAUCUUCUGCAACCUCUCCGCCUUGCACUACAUUGAUAUGUCGUCAAACUUUCUCGGCGGCAAGAUCCCCAUCCGAGCGGAUUGCCCACUCCCUGAGUUGACAUCCCUCGUGUUGCGGUCCAACAAACUCCAUGGCGUCAUCCCCCGCUCACUGUCAAACUCAACGAAGCUCCGAUGGCUGCUACUGCAAUCGAACUUCCUCACCGGCGAGCUGCCGCGGGAUGACAUGUUCAGCGGCAUGAGCAACCUCGAGUAUUUGCACCUGUCGUUCAACCACCUCGCGAACUCGCGGAACAACACCGGCCUUGAACCAUUCUUCGCCUCGCUUACCAACUGCACCGCGCUAAAGGAGCUCGGCGUCGCCGGGAAUGACAUCGCCGGCACGAUCCCGCCUGUCGUCGGUCGCCUCGCUCCCGGCCUCAUGCAGCUCCACCUUCAGUUUAACAGACUCUUUGGCCCGAUCCCGGCAAACAUCUCCAACCUCACAAACCUCAACACCCUCAACCUCUCCCAUAACCUCCUCAACGGCUCCAUCCCACAGGGCAUCUCCAGCAUGCGGCAGCUCGAGCAGCUGCACCUCUCAAACAACCUGCUCUCCGGUGAUAUCCCGCUAUCCCUUGGCAUGAUCCCGUGGCUCGGGGUCGUCAAUUUUUCGCAAAACCGGCUCACCGGCGCCAUUCCGCCGAGCAUCGUGCAAUGUGUGACGAUGGAAAAUCUUGAUCUCUCCAACAACAUGUUGCAAGGCAAGAUCCCAGCUGGCUUAUCUAGGCUGAGCGGAUUGCUCAACCUCAACCUCGCGGGCAACUUGUUGUCUGGCGCGAUCCCGGUGACCAUCGGCGAGAUGGUUAGGUUGCAAUUGCUUAACCUGUCAUCAAACCAGCUCUCCGGCACGAUCCCGCCGCAGCUCGGCAGCUGCAUCGAGCUCAAGUACCUCGACGUGUCCUGCAAUGGCCUCACGGGGACCCUCCCUCAAUCCUUGGAGAAGGUGGCGUCGCUGCUGCGUGUUAACUUUUCAUACAACGACUUCUCAGGCGAGGUGCCGAGCGGCGGGGCCUUUGCAGGAUUUCGGGCGGACGCGUUCCUCGGCAAUGACAGACUAUGUGCGGGGACGGCGUCGAUGACGCCUGGGUUGCCUAGGUGCAGCGGUGCGAAGCGCAACUUGCUCCAUAACCGGCGAGUGGUGUUGCUCGUCGUUGGCACAGUCGCGAGCUUCACGAUGGCAAUCAUUGGGCUUGCCGUGCUCGACCCCAAUACCGGAGGCGGCGAGGUCUCCCGGAGUUUCAAGCGGGAAUGCGAUGUGCUGAGGCGGACGCGGCACCGGAACCUGCUGCGUGUGGUCACCACAUGCAGCCAGUCGGACUUCCACGCGAUCGUGCUCCCGCUGAUGACCAAUGGUAGCCUAGAAAAGCACCUCUACCCGCGUGACGGCGGCCCCGGACGUGGCAUGGACGUCGCAUGGCUGGUUGGCAUCGCCGGCGACAUAGUCGAGGGGCUCACCUACCUACAUCACUACGCACCCGUCCGCGUCGUACACUGCGACCUUAAGCCCAGCAAUGUGCUCCUCGACGACGACAUGACGGCCAUUGUGGCUGACUUCGGCAUCGCGCAGCUGGUCAAGGACAUGGGCGACAACGACAACGCAGGCUUUGCCGAUCCCUGCAACUCCACUGCCGGAUUGUUGCAAGGUUCUGUGGGCUACAUCGCACCAGAGUACGGGCUAGGAGGCCAUCCUUCAACAGAAGGCGACGUGUACAGCUUCGGCGUGAUGCUACUAGAGAUGAUCACCGGGAAGCGCCCGACCGAUGUGCUCUUCCAGGAGGGACUCACGUUGCAUGGCUGGGUGAGGCGGCACCACCCGCAUGACGUCACCGCCAUUAUCGCACAGUCACUGCUGGCGGCCACGGACACGAUGUUGUCUGCGGUACAAGCGAACAACGUCAUUGUCGAGCUGAUGGACCUUGGGAUCGCGUGCACUCAGCACUCGCCGCCGGCGCGGCCCACCAUGGUGGAGGUGUGCCGCGCGAUCGCCCUCCUCAAGGAUUCGUCUUCUUCAUGA